GAUCUGCAACCGCUAUCUGUGAUGGUGUUAGAGAAGCGGGAAGCAGCCGAUCACUGCAUCCCUCCACUCAACAACACCUGCAGUUCAAAGUCUGGUACUCCCACGGUCAUACUCAUCAAAACACUGCUGUACUGCAUCACUGUGCUCACUGUGAUGCUCAACUUGUUGGUCAUCAUCUCCAUCUCUCACUUCAGGAAACUUCACACCCCAACAAAUCUGAUCCUCCUCUCCCUGGCUGUGUCAGACUUGCUCGUGGGCCUCACAGUGAUGCCAUUUCCAGGUUUUGCUGUUUAUUUCUGCAGACCGUGGAGUAAAAUCACAUGUGCUCUUUCAUACCUGCUGAGCUUCAUCCUCACCUCUGCCUCUGUUGGGAACAUGGUGCUCAUAUCAGUGGACCGCUAUGUGGCUAUAUGUUACCCUCUACACUAUUCGACCAUGAUAACACCAAACAGAGUUAACGUCUGUGUGUCUCUCUGCUGGUUCUGUUCUGUUGUCUACAACUUUAUAAUACUGAAAAAUAACUUGUCUAACAUAGAUUUGUCUAAUUCCUGCCAUCAAGACUGUACAGUUAUCAUAAACUACAUUUCAGGGGCCGUAGAUUUGGUUCUAACCUUUUUUGGACCUGUUACUGUGAUCAUACUUAUGUAUAUGAGAGUGUUUGUGGUGGCUGUGUCACAGGCACGUGUCACACGGUCUCAAAUUUCAGCUGUCGAAUCAAAUAUUACUGUAAAAAAAUCUGAGUUAAGGGCUGCUAGAACUCUUGGUAUUAUCCUUUUUGUGUUUAUACUUUGUCUCUGUCCAUACUACAGUUUUUCUUUAGUAGGACAGGACAACUUAAGUGAAAGUUCAUCAGCUCAAAUUUGGCUGUUCUAUUGUAACUCCAGUUUUAAUCCUCUGAUUUAUGCUUUUUUUUAUCCCUGGUUUAGAAAAGCAGUGAAACUCAUUGUCACCCUUCAGAUACUGCAGCCAGGUUCCCAUGUGGCCAACAUAAUGUCAAGAUAA